ACAGCACCCCUUUUUCGGAAACACGUCAGUCGGCAGCCGUCAAAUUGCCAUUUUCUUUGGUCGGCGACAAUGGCAUCCAUGACACCCUUACCACGCACGGUCUCGGUCCCUCUUGUCGCAGCGGUCGCUGGCGCGUGGUACUGGGCGCACCCACCGAGCGUGCAGUGGGCCUCCUUCUUUGCCGCCGCGGGCUUCUCGUGCAUCGAGUUCUCAUGGUAUGCGACGACAACCGAGGCGGCCAACGGCGACCUCUCGUUCACGCCGUUCGCCGCGACCUGCCGCCCGGGACACACGACUUGGGCGCAGUUCUGGGCCAACGUGCUGUAUACGCCGCUGCUGCUUUUCACGUACCGCGCGUGGCUGCCGUCGGCCUUUCUGCGCGUCGUUCUCUUCCCGCUCAACAUUUGGCUCCUUGAAAUCGUCGAGGGCUACGGCCUCAUGCUCGUCUUUGGCCGCAACAUUGCCUGGACGUACAACACGCCGGACGCCUACUUUCACAACAAUAUCCGCACAGGCUUUGCGGGUCUCUGGUUCCUGCUCGGCCUCGCGCUCGAGGUCGUUGGCUACACGCUCGUGGAUGGGCUCGGCGGUGCGGCCGCGCAAGCGCUGCCCAUCGAGGUGGCUGUCGCUGGCGCCGGUCUGCUCCAUGCUGCGCGGUAUUACCACCGCUAAGAUACACCCGCGUCCCACCACGCUAGUCAGAG